AUGGCAGAAAUUCUUCUUCCAAUCGACCACUGGGCUCACAACAACGCCGUCGAUCCGAAAAAGGAUUCAGUGCAAAAUGACGGAUUCCUGACCGGAGUGAAAUACCUUUCAGCGAUCGUGACAGUUAACGAAGUUCUCGACGAUGACCUUCCUCCAAUGGUGCAGUCAUCUCCGGUCACAAUUAGGAGGCCUAUCAAUUUUAAAACAUGGCCCGAGUUCGAAUUCGAAGUAAGUUUCGUGUCUCUGUUCCUAUCCAUUGAGUCGACUGACACCAGUGAGCUUCUUGUCCCAAUGUCGCGCAGUUCGCGAGUCGAUGGGUUGGUCGACGAGCCAGUUCGCCAGUCAAUCUUUCAGGAGUAUUUGGCCUACCGUUCCUUAGUGGAGCCCUCGCUGUUCCAUGAUAGAAGAAAUUUUGGUGACCGAUGCCGUGUCGAAUGGGAAACCGCUUUUGCAGGCUUCCGUAAUAUUGAAGAUCGAAAUGUUCAAUUAUGUAUGGCAGCAUGGACAGCCCUCAACAUGUCUCUGCAAGACCAAUGCCAGACACUUACAACUGAAAAUGUCGCAUUGGCGAUAGGGGUGGUUGCUGAAAUGCUCAAUGACUUCCAUGAACAAAGUUCACCAGGCGAGAGAAGAAGGCGACUGUCGCACCCCUCGUUAACGCGUCUGUGCCAUCAUACAACUCAAUUUCGACUCUUUGUAACUGAUCUCUUGACACCAUCUGCUAUCGCUGGAUUGAAAUCAAGGUUACAUGAAACAUUGAGAGGGAUUUAUGAACGCGCAAUCUGGCGCGAGACGGCGUACCCCGAAAAUAAAGCCUACCUCAAGAUACAAAGCACAUGUUCCGGUCUUAGCGCAAUGUUCUACCUUGCGCACAUGAGUACACUAGUCCACUUAUCCCCGUGUUCUUCAAGUCUCAAGAUUAUGCAAAGGCUGGUGAGUGUGGCGGCUAUUCUUCAGAGAGACAUCGUGGAGAUUGAAGCCUCACUUGUGGACAACUCCCUUGAAAACUAUGUUUUGAUGACAGUCGAUCCCUCUAUAAAGUUACUGCCAUCAAGCUUGCAGUCGCCCUGUCUGGCACCCUCUAUCAAAUCUUCGGUCAACAGAUACAACAAAAUACUGCAUGAUGUGUUCAGGCAUUAUCGGCACAUCCACUCAGAUGCCGAGCUUCGGCAUGAGCGGACUAGUGCCGACAUGUUGAUGGAUUUCCUAGGAGCACACUUAGAAUGGAAAAUCGGGUUUACACAAUACUUACGCCAGGAUAAUGCGGCAGUGGAGCAAUGUGUCGACUUUUGCGCGAUAGGCACGCUUCAAAAAAUCCUACAGGACCUCAAAUAA